AACGUUUAGGGGGACGUUACAAAAAUGCGAAAUUGUACAGUUUAAAAAUGACUUUUUAGAAAAACAUCUGCUACACUUUCUAGAUUUUUCAAACUGUUUUACACGUUUGCAUCUCUGUGAAUAAUAUAUCGUGAAAAUACAUGUACAUAUUAAAUCUAAUGUACUCGACCCACCCCCAUGCAUGCGAGGUAAACAAAAACAGCCUCAUGGUAGUUUGUGCGCGAGAGGCACAGGGGUACCAACAUUCAGCAUAAAUUCAUACUAUUAAGUGUUAUUACUAAAUAGGAUAGUUAUCAUCACCCUUGAGGGAUACACGUUGCUAUUCUGGUGCAGAAAUUAACGUUUUUCGGUCUCUAGUAUUGUGUCUAUCCCUACAACGACAUGAGUAACAUCUACAUUCAAGAACCCCCAUCAAAUGGGAAGGUCCUUUUGAAGACCUCAGCUGGUGAAAUAGAUAUUGAGCUAUGGUCCAAGGAGGCCCCGAAAGCCUGCAGAAACUUCGUCCAGCUAUGCAUGGAAGGUUACUAUGAAGGGACAGUGUUCCACAGAGUGGUGCCCGAGUUCAUUGUCCAGGGAGGAGACCCCACAGGAACUGGGACUGGCGGGGAGUCCAUCUAUGGACGUCCUUUCAAGGAUGAAUUCCACUCCAGACUGCGCUUCAACAGAAGGGGUCUGGUUGCCAUGGCAAACGCAGGGCCUCACGACAAUGGAAGCCAGUUUUUUUUCACAUUGGGCCGGGCCGACGAGCUCAACAACAAACACACAAUAUUUGGAAAGGUGACAGGAGACACAGUUUACAACAUGCUCAGACUGGCUGAAGUGGAAUGUGAUAGUGAUGAGAGACCUCUCAAUCCACAUAAGAUUCGCACUGCUGAGGUGUUGCAUUGUCCCUUCGAUGACAUCGAGCCGCGUGAAUCGAAGAAAGCCAAGAAGGAGAAGGACAAAGAGGAGGGGAAAAAGUCUCAGUCCAAAGCCACCAAGAACUUCAGUCUGUUGUCGUUUGGAGAGGAGGCAGAAGAGGAGGAAGAGAUGGUCAACCAAGUCAGCCAGACACUGAAAGGAAAAAGCAAAAGUAGCCAUGACCUGCUGAAGGAUGACCCCAGGUUAAGCUCUGUCCCAGUUGUGAACAGGAAAAAAGACAAAGAUGUGUCUGGAGAUGUGGCUGAGGAUGAGGAGGUCGAGGGCGACAUGGAGGCGGAUGACGACAUUGACUCAGACGAGAAGGAGGAGAGGCGGGAUCGCAUCUCCAAGAAGCUGAAGAAGGGCGGGGCGGGGGAGAAGAAGGUGGAGCCCAGCGAGGAGGAGAGAGGGAAGAAGACCAACCGCAGUGAUGAGCUGAGGAAGGAGUCUCGCCAGCUGAAGAAGGACCUUCAGGCCAUCAAGCAGAGGAAAGAAGACGCUUCCAAGCCUGUCCAGGCCAGCCCCACGGAGGAGGCCAAGCCGGCGUCCAGCGAGGCGGUGGCUGAGUUCCUGGAGGGCAGGAAGAAGUACGAGGACCAGAGGAAGCAGAAACUGAAGAAGGGCUCCACGAGGGAGGCUCAGACUCUCGCCCUCCUCGACCGCUUCAAGACCAAGUUGUCGUCAGCCAUCACCGAGGAGGCUCCCGAGGUGGACCUGGAGGAGCUGGGCGAGGACGAGGACAGGGGAUGGAUGGCCCACGUUCUGCAGUUCGACGAGCAGACCAGGAAGGUGAAGGAUGCCGCCGUGCCUGACGCGGACACCUUCGAGAUCUACGACCCGCGUAACCCCGUCAACAAGCGCCGGAGAGAGGAGAGCAAGAAGAUCAUGCAGGAGAAAAAGGCUAAGAGGUGAGGUUGCAGGUUCAAACACCCCCUCUCUCCCCCCCCCCCC